AUGACCGGCGUGCCGUCGUACGGCAUGCAUUCCCCGACUCAGCAACCUCGCUACCCGUCCUACUCCCCUUCAACCAGGGACCGGCAGCUCUACUCCAACAACGACCCCUACCAGCAGCCGCAGCAACAGCAGCAGCAUCCUCCUCGCACUCCUCCAAGCUUCCCGCCUCCUGCCUCCCUCACCCGCAGUCCGCAUUUCGCCCGUGCUCCUUCCCCCAUGAAUACCACAUUGCCUCCCUUGAACGGCGCCGUUGUCAAUGCCGAUGGCUCUCCUCCGUACCAUGGCCAUUCCGGCUCUGCGAAUUCAGGAUACACUCUGCCGAGGCCCUUUGGCGGGUCUCUAAUGUCUGCCAGCUCCCAUUCGCCUCCCCCGACCUACAGUCAUCCCUCCGGCUCUCAUACACAUCCGCCUGCAAUGUCCGAUGCAUUUUCGCAGUCACCGCAGCGUGAACUGGAGCCCUAUGAUUUGAGAGCCGCGAACAACGCCCACAUGUCCCAACCUCCACUGCGCUCGGCAUCCCCGAAGGAAAUGAAACCUGCCCGCUCAAACCCCAUGUCCUUUGCCAAUAUUCUCUCCGGACCGGCAGACGAACCUCCGCCUCGGAGACCAUCAUCACCUCUCCAGGCUUAUAAGUCCAAUGCUCUGCCUCCCAUUGCUCCUACGCCCAAGCUCGAACCGGAGCCGUACUCUGAACCCGAAAUGCGCCAUCGAACCAGCCAUUUUGACCCGUACAAUGACAUGCCACACCGCCCGGCGACAAACGGCAUGGCCCCUACGAAGUCAUCCUUCGCUCCGCCACCACCGCCUCCUCUGUUGUCAAAAUCGCGCAAAGUGAUGAAUGACUACGAGUCCCAAAAGGUUUCCGACGAAUCUAUUGCAAGGGCGAUGGAGCAGAUCGAAAUGCUGGACAACAGCGACGUUGAGGCCCCUGGUUUCGAACAAGAAUGGCAACGCUAUAUGAUGAAAAGCACGAAGCGCGCUCGAGAGGUGGAUGCUGCUGAAGGGCGGAAACGCAAACGACGUCGAACUGAAUUUCUAGGAAAACUAGCAAAAAUGUUCGAAAAACAGGCCCUGCAGGGGAUUGAUCGUUUUAACCGUACCCAUGAAGCGGAAGUACACGCCGAAGUGCAACAGAAGGAAGUUCAAGAGGAAAAAGAGAGGAAAAAGGACAUGCAAAGAAAGCGACGUCGCGAGAACACCGUCCGCCACGAGAUUGAAAAACUGAACGCGGCACAGAAGAAAGCUACCAAGAUCGAAGACGAGGCCGAGAAACAAAAGUUGGCGAAAGAGAUUGCCAAAUCGAAGAAGAAGAUCAAGGACACCACGCUUGCGCUCGAGCGUGGUGAGCUUUCACAGGAAAUUUCCGAAGUCAACCCCCUUGCUCCAAACCUUGAGGGUGGCACUACGAGUUCUUUUCACAUUCGCUCCAAAUCCCCUCCUGCAAAGAAGAAAGCUACCAAGAGCUCCUCGAGACCCAAGAAAUCAAAGGAGAAGAAGCAGGCCGAGAAAGAUGCAGCAGAGGCCGCUUAUGCUGCCAUGGAGAACGAGGAACUGGCUCCGUUGGCUCCAAAGGAAGAUCCUCGAAAGACCUCUUUGAAGAAAGAAUCGAAAGCCGCGCGCUCCAAAGAGCCGAGUCCGAUCCCUGCUACUCCAUACGACUCGAAAAGCUACAAUCAGUUCUACGAGCAAAUUUGGAGGGAUAUUGCCAGGAAAGAUAUUCCAAAGGUCUAUCGAAUGAAAGUUGUGUCUCUUAGUACUCGCCAGGAGAAUUUACGAAAAACCGCCCAACUGGCUAGCAAACAGGCCCGAAAAUGGCAAGAACGGACAAACAGGAGCAUGAAGGACACCCAGGCGAGAGCCAAGCGAACUAUGCGGGAGAUGAUGACUUUCUGGAAGCGAAAUGAACGCGAGGAACGUGAUAUGCGUCGCCUCGCGCAGCGACAGGAGCUCGAAUUAGCUAAAAAGGCGGAGGCGGAUCGUGAAGCGAACCGACAGCGACGCAAGCUUAAUUUCCUCAUCUCCCAGACCGAACUCUACUCCCACUUCAUCGGCCGGAAGAUUAAAACAGAUAAAGCUCAAGAUACCGGAGAUGCCACUACCGCUUCGGCGAUUGAAGGCGGUGCUACUGACGAAGGCAAGAUGCUCGAUAGCUUGAUGUCGCUCCCUGAGGCUGGUGCAAAAGUCACUAGUUUUGAAGAUCUUGAUUUCGAUGCGGAGGAUGAUACCGCCUUGAGGCAGGUAGCGAUGGCCAACGCUCAAAGUGCAGUGCAGGAAGCCCAGGACCGUGCCCGUGCGUUCAAUGGCGAAGAGAAUAAGAUGGCUGCAUUUGACGAAGGGGAGAUGAACUUUCAAAACCCAACCAGCUUGGGUGACGUUGAAGUGUCGCAGCCGAAGAUGCUUACCUGCCAACUCAAAGAAUACCAGCUCAAGGGACUCAAUUGGCUGGUUAACCUUUAUGAACAAGGUAUUAACGGUAUUCUUGCCGACGAGAUGGGUCUUGGUAAAACCGUACAGUCUAUCUCCGUGAUGGCCUACCUUGCUGAGGUCCACGAUAUCUGGGGACCGUUCCUUGUCGUCGCACCCUCUUCGACACUGCACAAUUGGCAACAAGAAAUUGUGAAAUUUGUUCCUGAUCUUAAGGUCUUGCCCUACUGGGGAUCAGCAAAGGAUCGAAAGGUUUUGCGAAAAUUCUGGGAUCGCCGGAAUAUUACAUACCGCAAACAAUCGGAGUUCCAUGUCCUUGUGACGUCUUAUCAGCUGGUUGUUGGUGAUGCUCAGUACUUCCAAAAGAUCAAAUGGCAAUACAUGAUCUUGGACGAAGCCCAGGCCAUCAAGUCAUCCCAGAGUUCAAGGUGGAAGAGCCUUCUCGGAAUGCACUGCAGAAACAGACUUCUCUUGACCGGUACCCCAAUACAGAAUAACAUGCAGGAGCUUUGGGCGUUGCUGCAUUUCAUCAUGCCAACAUUGUUUGAUUCUCAUGAUGAGUUCAGCGAAUGGUUUUCCAAGGAUAUCGAAAGCCAUGCUCAGAGCAAUACGAAGCUUAACGAAGAUCAGCUUAGGCGGUUGCAUAUGAUUUUGAAGCCAUUCAUGCUUCGUCGCAUCAAGAAGCACGUUCAAAAGGAGCUUGGCGACAAGGUUGAGAAGGACGUCUUCUGCGAUCUUACCUAUCGUCAACGGGCGUAUUAUACCAACCUCCGAAACCGCGUUAGCAUUAUGGAUCUUAUUGAAAAGGCCGCCAUUGGUGAUGACUCGGACAGCACUACGUUGAUGAACUUGGUUAUGCAGUUCAGAAAAGUUUGCAAUCACCCUGAUCUGUUUGAACGUGCGGAGACCACGUCACCAUUUUCAGCCUGUUAUUUUGCGGAAACAGCAUCUUUCGUCCGCGAGGGCUCGUUUGUCGAUGUUGGGUAUUCUACUCGAAACCUCAUUGAGUAUGAUUUACCACGUCUUCUUUGUGGACCCGAGAGCCGCCUGGAUAUGCCUGGGCCAGGAAAUCUGAAGGCUGGGUUUCGAGGGAAAUAUCUCUCUCAUAUGAUGAACAUUUGGACUCCUGAAAAUAUCAGGGAAAGCUUGAGCGACAACGGCGCGUUCUCUUGGCUAAGGUUUGCAGACACCUCUGUUGGCGAGGCGUAUGAUAUCUCCCACAAGGGUGUGUUUGAGCGUGCAGUAAUGCGACGUGAUUAUGCAAGCCGCCUCUCGUUGAUGAACGUUGCCUACGACGACGAGGAUGACGUUGAUCUCAACGCAAUCCACACCCACUCUCUUUUCAGUAUUGUGGAACGCAACGACCGGCGAGCGUUGGCUGACACUACCGCUACCGGAUAUAUGCGUGAGCUGCUGAAUGUUACGAACAGCGUCGCUGACAAUACAGGUAUUCGCACCUUUGAACCCUGCGCUAAACCCGGUGCCUCGGCACCGCCUAUUACGAUAUCCUGCUCCGGACGAGUUGCUAUUACAGAAGCGCGAGAAACGUUCUUCAACAUGACUGUUCGGCAUGCGCUCUUUGGCAGUGCUACCACUGCGAUGGAUCAAGAAAUCCUUUCGAAGAAGUUGGAUCCCACCCCUUAUUCUGUACCUCCAUUGUUGCCACAACCGGGCUCAGUGAAAGGCCGAUAUACUAAUAUCACUGUACCGUCGAUGAGACGGUUUGUGACGGAUUCCGGUAAACUUGCCAAACUGGACGAGCUUUUGCGCGAGCUUAAGAAUGGCGGCCACCGCGUGUUGCUAUACUUCCAGAUGACGCGCAUGAUUGACUUGAUGGAAGAAUACCUGACUUAUCGAAAUUACAAGUACUGCCGCCUUGAUGGAAGCACCAAAUUGGAGGAUCGCCGUGACACAGUGUCAGACUUCCAGCAGCGUCCAGAGAUUUUCGUGUUCCUUUUGUCUACCCGUGCUGGCGGUCUGGGGAUCAAUUUAACGGCUGCUGAUACAGUCAUUUUCUACGACUCCGAUUGGAAUCCUACGAUCGAUUCGCAGGCCAUGGAUCGAGCCCAUCGUUUAGGGCAGACCAGACAAGUGACCGUGUACCGUCUUAUCACGCGGGGUACGAUUGAAGAGCGUAUUCGUAAGCGGGCUCUGCAAAAGGAGGAAGUGCAGCGCGUUGUCAUUUCAGGUGGUGCUGCUGGUGGAGUCGAUUUCAAUGCUCGCAGCCGCGAGAACCGAACCAAGGACAUUGCAAUGUGGCUGGCGGAUGAUGAACAGGUAGAGAUGUUGGAGCAGAAGGAGAAAGAAGCACUCGAGAAGGGAGAAGAGGCCGGCGCGAAAAAGGGGAAGAAAGCUGCGGCGAAGAGGAAGAGAGAUAUCACGUUGGAUGACAUGUAUCAUGAAGGGGAGGGCCAUUUUGAGGAUAGCAGUACCAAACCUUCUGGAGCCGCCACGCCUGUCUCUGCUGAGGCCGCUGGUGCGCCGGGAGCUAAGGGUCGACGUGGACGCGGUGGCGCAGGGCGAUCAAAGAAGGCCAAAACGAUCAAAGAGAGACUGCGACUGAUUGACGGUGAGGUCGACUGA